CUUCCCCAAAACUCGAGAAUGGUAUUCCCGCUAAACUAAUGCUCCUUAUCUUCGGUUUCGAGUGACAGACAGAAGGUGAAGAUCAUCCAGCAUUCGUCCUUGGUGAAGAAAUGAUUUCCCUGCAUCAAGGCUUAUUCCGAUCAAUUCAAACAACAAUUUCCGAGCCUCGUCUCCACCGAUUUCAAGCACAUCUCGUUUUUUUGCUUCCACGUUUCAAGCUCCUCUCUCUGCGUCGUCAACUUCCUCCAAAAUCUUCAGUUUUGGCAAAACUUAACGAAGAGGAGGAAGCACAUGGUGUUUAUGAAGUUGGGCGAGGAAAUAAAGCUUUGAAGCUAAAGGUUGAGCAGAUUGGGAUAAAUUUCGAUUCCUGUACCCCUGGCCAAUACACUCUCCUAAUUUGUCCACUGUGCAAAGGUGGGCAAUCCAAAGGGAGGACUCUUUCAUUCCAUAAAAACCAAAAUGAGAAAGUUGCAAUAUGGAGAUGCUUUAAUUUUGAAUGUGGAUACUCUGGUCAUGUUUUGGCAGAUGUGGGUCCUAUACAAGAAGAAGUCAACAAAGUCAAUGUUCCCAAAAAACCAAGUGAAGAGACCUUGCGUUUAGAGCCACUUGGUGUUGAGUUGAUUGAAUACUUUGCUACACGAAAAAUAUCAGAAGAGAUUUUGAAGAAAAAUGCUGUUAUGCAAAUGAUUGAUGAUAAGAAUGUGAUAGCUUAUACAUAUAGAAGAAAUGGUGAACUUGUCAACUGUAAAUUUCGCAGCAUAACAAGCAGAAAGUUUUGGCAGGCGAAGCAUGGAGAAAGGAUAUUGUAUGGACUUGAUGGCAUAAAGGAAGGACAUGACAUUGUUAUAGUUGAAGGUGAAAUUGAUAAGCUUUCAAUGGAAGAAGCUGGAAUUAUAAAUUGUGUUAGUGUUCCUGAUGGAGCACCACAACACGUGUCAAUAAAAGCAUCACCCUCUAAAAAACAGGAGGCUAGAUUUAAAUACCUAUCGGAUUGCAACGGGUGUCUUGAUAAGGCAUCUCGAAUUAUAUUGGCUACAGAUGGUGAUGGACCUGGUCAAGCCUUAGCUGAAGAGCUUUCAUGUCGUCUUGGAAAACAAAGAUGUUGGGUUGUAACUUGGCCAAAGAAAGAUGAGGUCACACAUUACAAGGAUGCAAAUGAGGUUCUUGUGCAUUUGGGGGCAGAAGCAUUGAGACACAUUGUGGAAAAUGCCAAGUUAUACGAAGAACAAAAAAAUUAUGCGGUUUUAUAAACAAAAUAAUCAGCUCAUUUGUUGAAUAUUUUGCUAUUUUUGGAAAGUGAAGGUUGCUGAAUGCAAUUGAAUUUUGAAUCUAGGUAGAAAAUGUAGUUGGA